GCUGAAGUCAUCCAUACGCGUCACGCGUCGCAGGCGUACGCGUCCAUUCGAGUGAGAGUCGUUCACGUCCCGUUCUACACUCCCUUCACGCCCGUAUCCCCUCAAUCUCUUUCACUAUUCCCGUUCGCCAUCAUGGCCUCAACACAACCUCCCAGCCCUCCACCAGGCAACAACAACGAGAAGGCACCAGAGCCUACACCGUCCUCGUCUACGGACGCGCCGCAGGACGCUAUGGACACUACGCCCGACCAGCCUGCCGAGGAGACAUGGGCGGACAUCCCUGAGGAGAUUAUGUCCCUUAGCACAGAUGAGAUCCUUACGCGAAUACGGCUUAUCGACAAUGACUUGAAGGUGAUGCGGUCCGAGACGUUACGUCUUCAACACGAGCAGAAUGUUAUGAAGGAGAAGAUCCGGGACAAUGGGGAGAAGAUCAAGCAGAACAAGGUCUUGCCUUACCUCGUCGCGAAUGUAGUCGAGAUCCUGGACGUCGACCCGGAAAUAGAGGAGGACGGUGCGAACAGGGACCUAGACUCCAUGCGCAAGGGCAAGUGCGCCGUCAUCAAGACUUCAACACGGCAAACCGUCUUCCUCCCCCUCAUCGGCCUCGUCCCCGCCGAGAAUCUCAAGCCCGGCGACCUCGUCGGUGUCAAUAAGGACUCGUAUCUGGUGCUCGACACGCUCCCCGCGGAGUUCGAUUCGCGGGUGAAGGCGAUGGAGGUGGACGAGCGGCCGACGGAGACGUACACCGACAUCGGAGGGCUGGAGAAGCAGAUCGAGGAGCUCGUCGAGGCGAUCGUCCUGCCCAUGGAGCAGGCGGACAAGUUCAAGACGCUCGGUAUUAAGCCCCCGAAGGGCUGUCUCAUGUAUGGUCCUCCCGGAACUGGCAAGACGCUUCUCGCGCGUGCGUGCGCGGCCCAGACCAACGCGUGCUACCUGAAACUCGCUGGUCCGUCGCUCGUACAGAUGUUCAUCGGUGAUGGUGCCAAACUCGUUCGGGACGCGUUCGAGCUCGCGAAGGAGAAAGCACCGACUAUCAUCUUCAUUGACGAGCUGGACGCUAUUGGUACCAAGCGAUUCGACUCGGAGAAGAGCGGUGACCGCGAGGUGCAGCGGACGAUGCUGGAACUCCUGAAUCAGCUGGAUGGCUUCAGCAGUGACGAGCGUAUCAAGGUCAUUGCCGCGACGAACCGUAUCGACAUUCUCGACCCUGCUCUUCUUCGAUCAGGUCGUCUUGACCGGAAGAUUGAAUUCCCUCUUCCGAAUGAGACUGCACGGGGGCGUAUCCUGGAAAUUCAUUCGCGGAAGAUGUCCGUCUCCCCCGACGUCAACUACGAGGAGCUUGCCCGCAGUACGGAUGAGUUCAACGGCGCACAGCUGAAGGCGGUCUGUGUCGAAGCUGGCAUGAUCGCAUUGAGGGAAGGCGCGACGAAGCUGAGCCACGAACACUUCCUAGGUGGUAUAGCCGAAGUCCAGAGCAAGAAGAAGAACGAUCUUGUCUAUUUCAUGUAGUUCCAUCAUUUCUGCUCUCGCACGGUACUGUCGUAAUGCAUUCUCUCUUUCUGAGUUUGAGGAUAGUUGAACUCAAUGUCGACAGUAUCGGCCCCGAGAGAUUGUUUGACUUCUUUCAGUCCGUGAUGGUAGGCAGACUUCCUGGUUCUCAGGCUUGGGCUUUGACGAUCACUUCGUGCUGCUUGUACUGACUGACCUAGAAUUUAACGUUCAGGGAGGUCUGCCCUGCAUGAGACAAGACCAGAGCCUUUAAGUUAUGAAGAUGCCUCGCGGAUGCUGUUUGAGAGGGAAGUCGCCGCAAUUGGAUAGCAUCUACCACUCGCAGCCUGGCACGAGUGCUUCUCCAGCAACGUGCUCCCAGUGACUGGACCAUGUACUACAUGUAAGGGUGAUAGGAGGUUGGUUUUGCACUC